UUGCGCGCCCAACGGACCAGGCUGGGGCCGUGAGGUAACUGUUGCUGCCAGCGCGAGCUGGGAGGCGACACCGAGUCUCCAGUUCCAAAGGAGUCCGAGGGAAAAGGACGAGGCAGCCGAGGCGGUCCCGGAGAGAAGCCCCUUCCGCCGCUCUCCUCAGCCAGCAUGUCGCGGACUCCGCCGCUCCUCAGCCCGCGCGGCGGGGACCCCGGCCCGUGGCGGCGGGCGCAGCCCUGACGCGCUGCCAGCCCGGGGGCGCCCCGAACGUGGGGGCGGGGGUCCGGGAGCGCGAGCAGCCGCUGCGCUACGAGCCGCGAGCGCUGAGCCCCGCGGCCACCCCCGGCCCCGGCCAUGAGGAGGGACGAGCGAGACGCCAAAGCCAUGCGGUACCCGCCGCCGCCGGACGGGGCCGGCUCGCCCCCCGAGAGUCUGCGGAACGGCUACGUGAAGAGCUGCGUGAGCCCCUUGCGGCAGGACCCUCCGCGCGGCUUCUUCUUCCACCUCUGCCGCUUCUGCAACGUGGAGCUGCGGCCGCCGCCGGCCUCCCCCCAGCAGCCGCGGCGCGGCUCCCCCUUCAGCCGGGCGCGCCUCUCGCUGAGCGCCCUGGCCGCCUUUGUCCUCGCCCUGCUGCUCGGCGCGGGGCCCGAGAGCUGGGCUGCCGGGGCCGCCCGGCUGCGGACGCUGCUGAGCGUGUGCUCGCACAGCCUCAGCCCCCUCUUCAGCAUCGCCUGUGCCUUCUUCUUCCUCACCUGCUUCCUGACCCGGACCAAGCGGGGACCCGGCCCGGGCCGGAGCGGCGGCGGCUCCUGGUGGCUGCUGGCGCUGCCCGCCUGCUGUUACCUGGGGGACUUCUUGGUGUGGCAGUGUUGGUCUUGGCCUGGCGGGGACGGGGCCGCGGGGCCCCCGGACGCGGCCCCGCACACGCCCCCGGGGGCGGCGGGCAGGUUGCUCGCGGUGCUGAGCUGUGCGGGUUUGCUGACGCUCGCGCACCGGCUGAGGCUCCGGCACAGCAUCCUGGUGCUGCUGUUCGCCGCCGUGGUCUGGUGGGUCUCCUCCACCAGCCUCGGGGUGCUGCCUUCCGCCCUCAGGCCGCUGCUCUCCUGCCUGGUGGGGGGCGCCGGGUGCCUGCUGGCCCUGGGGUUGGAUCACUUCUUUCAAAUCAGGGAAGCGCCUCAUCAACCUCGGUUGUCCGGUACCUCGGAAGAAAAAGUGCCUGUGGUCAGACCCCGGAGGCGGUCCAGCUGCGUGUCGCUGGGCGAAACUGCAGCCAGUUACCAUGGCAGUUGCAAAAUGUUCAGGAGACCUUCGUUGCCUUGUAUUUCCAGAGAACAGAUGAUUCUUUGGGAUUGGGACUUAAAGCAGUGGUAUAAACCUCAUUAUCAGAAUUCUGGAAGUGGGAAUGGAGUUGAUCUCUCAGUGCUAAAUGAGGCUCGCAAUAUGGUGUCAGAUCUUCUGAUUGAUCCGAGCCUUCCCCCACAAGUCAUUUCUUCACUGCGGAGUAUCAGUAGCUUGAUGGGUGCUUUCUCAGGUUCCUGUAGGCCAAAGAUUAAUCCUUUCACACCAUUUCCUGGAUUUUACCCCUGCUCUGAAAUAGAGGAUCCAGCUGAGAAGGGGGAUCGAAAACUUCACAAGGGACUAAAUAGUAGGAAUAGUUUACCAACUCCACAGCUGAGGAGGAGCUCAGGAACUUCAGGAUUGCUACCUGUUGAGCAGUCUGUAAGGUGGGAACGCAAUAAUACCAAAAGGCCUCACCAAGAAUUUGGCGUUUCAAGUCAAGGAUGGUAUCUAAAUGGGCCUUUAAGUUCAAAUCUACUGACAAUCCCAAAGCAAAGGUCGUCUUCUGUAUCACUGACUCACCAUACAGGUCUGAGAAGAGCUGGUGCUUUAUCCAGCCUGAAUCCUGUGAAUUCUUCCAGUCACGGAGUAGUGUCUGCUGGCUCUCUAACUAAUCGAUCACCCAUAGAAUUUCCUAAUACUGCUGAUUUUUUAAAUAAGCCAAGCAUUGUUUUACACAGAUCUCUGGGCAAUGCACCCAAUACACCAGAUUUUUUUCAGCAACUUAGAAAUUCUGAUAGUAGUCUGUGUAACAGUUGUGGACAUCAAAUGCUGAAAUAUGUUUCAAUAUCUGAAUCAGAAGAUAUAGACUGCCAUGGUAGAAAAUCAGGUGAAGAAGAAAACAUUUUCUCAAAAGAAUCAUUCAACCCUAUGGAAACUCAACAAGAAGAGGAAACAGGGAAGAAAGACUGCAGAAAAUUAUUUUUAGAAGGUGAUAAUCACCUAAGAGAAGAGGCAGAGAAUGAACAGCAACCAAAUACUGAACAGGAAAUAUCAGUGGACCGGAUUUUAGUAGAAGAUUAUGACUUAUUAAUAGAAAAGAUGAGCAACUGGAAUUUUCAAAUUUUUGAACUUGUAGAAAGGAUGGGAGAAAAAUCAGGAAGGAUUCUCAGUCAGGUCAUGUACGCCUUAUUUCAAGACACUGGCUUAUUGGAAAUAUUUAAAAUUCCCACUCACCAGUUUAUGAACUAUUUCUGUGCAUUAGAAGAUGGCUAUCGAGACAUUCCUUAUCACAAUCGUAUACAUGCCACAGAUGUUCUACAUGCAGUUUGGUAUCUGACAACUCGCCCAAUUCCUGGCUUACAGCAGAUCCACAAUGAUCAUGAAAAAGAAAGUGAAACAGAUUCAGAUGAUAGAAUUAACCCUGGGAAAAUUGCUUUUAUUUCUUCGAAGAGCUGCUCUAUUCCAGAUGAGAGUUAUGGCUGCCUGUCUUCAAACAUUCCUGCAUUGGAAUUGAUGGCUCUGUAUGUUGCGGCUGCCAUGCAUGAUUAUGAUCACCCAGGGCGGACAAAUGCAUUUCUAGUGGCUACAAAUGCCCCUCAGGCAGUUUUGUACAAUGACAAAUCAGUUCUGGAAAAUCAUCAUGCUGCAUCAGCUUGGAAUUUAUAUCUUUCUCGCACAGAAUACAACUUUCUUCUUAAUCUUGAUCAUAUGGAAUUCAAACGCUUUCGUUUUUUAGUCAUUGAAGCAAUCCUUGCCACAGAUCUUAAAAAGCAUUUUGAUUUUCUUGCUGAAUUCAAUGCCAAGGCCAAUGAUGUAAAUAGUAAUGGCAUAGAAUGGAGCAGUGAAAAUGAUCGCCUCUUAGUAUGCCAGGUGUGCAUCAAACUGGCAGAUAUUAAUGGCCCAGCAAAAGUUCGAGACUUGCAUUUAAAAUGGACGGAAGGCAUUGUCAAUGAAUUUUAUGAGCAGGGAGAUGAAGAAGCAAAUCUUGGUCUGCCUGUCAGUCCCUUCAUGGAUCGUUCUUCUCCUCAACUAGCAAAACUCCAAGAAUCUUUUAUCACCCACAUAGUGGGUCCCUUGUGUAACUCCUAUGAUGCUGCUGGUUUGCUACCAGGUCAAUGGAUAGAAGCAGAAGAGGAUGAUGAUACUGAAAGUGGUGAUGAUGAAGAUGGUGAAGGAUUAGAUACAGAUGAUGAAGAAAUGGAAGACAAUCUAAAUCCUAAACCGCCAAGAAGGAAAAGCAGACGACAAAUAUUUUGUCAGCUAAUGCACCACCUUACUGAAAACCAUAAGAUAUGGAAGGAAAUCAUAGAGGAGGAAGAAAAAUGUAAAGCUGAUGGGAAUAAACUCCAAGUGGAGAAUUCCUCCUUACCUCAAGCAGAUGAGAUUCAGGUCAUUGAAGAAGCAGAUGAAGAGGAAGAGCGACAGUUUGAAUAGAAGAAAAGUCAUAUUGAAGAAGCGUGGAGGGUUGUUCCCAGGGGCAAAAAUCAUUGCCUAGUGGUCACUGUGUGCUGACCUUAAACUGACCAUUCCUACUUGGACAGGGAAUACUGUGAGAGGAUCCUUGCUAUGCAGACAGUUUCCCACUCCUAUGCACUUUCACCAGAUGAACUAGAAAAGUACUCUUAGAACUAUGCUUGAGUUGACCCAUGGUGAAAAGCCUUUACUUAAAUCCUUCACUGGUGUAUAAAUACUUCGUCAUAAUACUGCUUUGCUGGGUAGUGAGCUCUUAUUUUUCAUUGAGGGGUAGCUAUAACUAAAAACUCAAGUGACUUACUUCAGUUACCAAAGUGGGCAGAACUUUUUGCUUUCAUGAAAACAAAAUUCAUAUUGUAUUUUCUAAUGUGUCUUUUAUGUCUUUGGAUGUUUUGGAAAAAAGUCUAUGCCUGUCUAAAAAGGAAUCCAUUGUUGCCUUUCUGAGGGAUUUCUGCUCAAUGAAAUACACUGUUCUGUUCUAUUCUCCCAGCUUGGUUUAUCCAGGAAGGACUGAAUGACCUUUGUUUAUAUUUAACAAAACUCGAGUGCAUCAAUUUCUGAUGCUUUUUACUGUUGCCAUGUUAUCUACUAUGUGUGUUGAUUUCUGCUGAAAGUAUUCAGGUCUGCCAUGGCUAUCGGAAAUCAGAAUUCCAGUUUUGGCUAUCAGAAAUCAGAAUUCCAGUUUUGACUUUCUGUUCUGUGGUUGAAUUUUAAAGCUGUUUAGUUUUAACAAUGAAGGAAUUUUAUUCUUUAGUCCAAACUGUUCUUAUUUUAUUCCUGCUCAGGACUAGUAUUUUUUUUUUCAACAUUUAGUUAAUAUAAACACAGCACGUAUUUGUUAGAAGAAAAAAAUUUGUCCUAAUAUUGAUGUUAACCUUUUAUGAAAUGAGCAUCAUUUUCUCUCUUCUUCAAUGAAUUUGAGACUAAUUAAAGCCAAGGAAAAGGACAUGUCUGUCUUUUGCCUCAUUGCAAAAUCUCAUGAAAUUAAUCCCAUUAAGGCUAAAGAACAAAAGAAAUAUCAUGAGCUGUAGAGAAUACAUACACUGAAUAAAUAAUUGGAAUCUG